UCUCGACCGUGAGCUUCACGUGGUGAAUCAGGAAGAAGAAUUUCUCAUACGGAGACACGAGAUACGGCACGACUCCCUCGUGGAGCUGCACGUUGAUGCUCAUCGACAAAGAACACUCGUGGUGCGAACUUAAGAACAUUAAGUUCGCACACUGUUUUUUGGCGCCAAAAAACUACGAAACAGUCGUCACUUUUGCGUUGUGGAUCAAAGAUGCCAUUGGUGUCAUACGAAGGAGUGGAGGUGGAUCUCCCCGCGAAUCUGGCAGGAAUUCACUUCGAGUUUACAGCGGGGUCGCUCACGAUCCAUUGCCGCAACUUCACGGGGGACGUCGUGCUGUCCAAGCCUACAGGACAAAAUUCAAAUGCUAAAGCCUCCAGUCCCAGCAAGAAGCGUACUAUCGACCUCAGUGCCAGUGACGAUGAUGACGACGAAGUAGAUGCCAAGCGGCAGCGACCGGAUUUUCUCAAUGAGGCCGAGCAGACCUUACUGCUCGCUCAGUUGAACAGCCCACAGAGCCCCAGCAGUCAGAAACCGAAGAGCAAAGGAAAGAAGGCAAAGGAAGAAGUACAAACUAAUACUGAGGAGGAGAAAACUGCUACGGAGCUGGCAACUGACGCGGUUGACGCGUCAGAAAGGACGACAACUGGUAAAGCGGGAAAGAAGACGUCAACGAAGAAAAGCAAGAAGAAGAGUAACAAUACAAGAGAAGGAGUGGAUGCCUUCUUUUCGCCUGAGCCAAAGCAGUCGACGUCGCGUAAGCCGACACCUGAUUCCAACAAGAAGCGGAAUAAAACACCCAAGUCUUCACCUGGUAAAUCCAUUAAGGAUCUGAUGACCGGACCUCUGAAACCCAAACCAGCAGCUGCUUUGAAGUGGGAAAUAGUGGAGGCUUUGGGUACUGCUCCUCCUGAACGCUGGGGUCACACCGCUACCAAGAUCUCAGAGGAGCGAGUGGUAGUAUAUGGUGGUACUGACGACGAUGAAUGCACACUGGGAGACUUGCACGUGUUUGACAUGAAGACGCACCGCUGGUCGACUCCGCUUAACUGCGAUACGAACACACGCACGUGGCACGACGCCGUGUAUCUGUCUUCGAAGAAUUUAGUUCUUGUGUUUGGGGGCGAGCGCAAUGCGACUACUGAAGGAGAGCUCGAUAUCCUGUCAGACAUCAUGGUGCUAGACACAGAAUGCUUUCUAUGGUAUCCGCCUGCUAUUCAAGGAUCUCCUCCUUCUGCUAGAAGCGGCCACACGUGCACUGCUGUUGGGAAUGAAGUGGUGGUGUUUGGUGGUAGCGGAGGAAGAAACAGACAGAGCUCAGUGCACAUUUUGGACAGUGAUGACUGGAAUUGGAAGGCUGUUAAAGUGGAAGGGAAGCCUCCCAGUGCUCGCACAUACCACAGCGCAGUAGCCGUCGGUGAUGACAAAAUCGUCUACUUUGGAGGUAACGAUUCUUCCAAAAGUUUCAACGCUGUGCAUGUGCUGCAAAAGGUGGAGAAGAAAGGAAGUGGUGUUGUGUGGUCGUGGUUCCACCCGUGUGUAGUUGGGGUGCCUCCGCAAGAACGCACCGGCCACUCUGCGACGCUCUUGAGUGAUGGCAAGAUCCUCGUUUUCGGAGGUUGGGAUCCUCAGCGCGAUGACGCUAGUGCACCCACGAGUGUAUUUAGUGAUGCAUUUCUGUUGGACACGAACACUUGGGAAUGGCAACCUGCUGCUUAUACAGAUGAAGGAAGCGCCGACACUGCGUUGCGAGGGCGUGUGGGACACGGAGCUGUGCUGGACUGCAAUGGAAAUGUGCACAUUUUCGGAGGCCAAAAUGGGGUUGAACAAAGACUCAAAGACACUUGCACACUCACAGUUUCACAACAAGACAAACCAAAGGACUCGACUUCUAGCACUCUAGAGACGGUGUAAAAAACUCAGGUUAUCAUACCAAUUGGUAAUAAACGAAUUGUAAAAAA